UCUCCAAUUUCAAGAAAAACAAACAUUUUCAACAAUGGCAGACUUCAGACUUUUGGCACGCACUCACGGCUUCAUGAAGCUAGCUGAAAUUAUUAUCGCCUUGAUCUGCCUGAUCUUGAUCCGCACCUAUUCGUUGAACUUUGGUGGUGAUGUAGCAUCGGGAGCAUUCCACGAUCGUUACAACGUCGGAUUGGUCACAGUUGGUGGUAUGCUGCUGGUGUCUCUCCCGUUGCUCAUCUCCUACCUGUGGAGCACCUCGGGAACUUACCAACCGUUUCUGGAGAUCAUUUACAACACGCUGGGAUUCAUUCUCUUCUUGACGGUGGGCUCUCUCGCCUUGGAUCACUACCGUAACUACGCUGGAGUAACUCAGACCGGCAAUGACAACAGAAGAGGAGACAUGAACGAUUGGUUCGGUCCCUCUAACACGACCCAAUCCGGUACCGGGAUCGACAAAGCCUUCGGUUUGAACACCACUGACAACAUUACUGCUGGAAAGGCUCUUGGAUCCCUUUGCAUCAUCAACGCUUUCUUCUACCUGACCGAUGCUGCCCUGGCUCUCCGGCAAGGUUCUACCGUUUGAACGGGGUGUUUUUACCUCAUUUAUUUCCGAAAUGAAGUCGUGUAGAGCUUCAGCAAUACGGAAUAGCUCGUGAAAAUUACAUAUAAAAUUAUUUUUCUUUGCCUAACAUUUUAGCGUUUGCCUAAACCGUGUGUGUUUUUAUAUUUGUUCUACCUAAAAAACACCAAAUAUAUAAUUACAUGGUUAGCCGUAA